AUGAGAGUGGCAGGGGUGGCUGCUGGUGUCAGCGGGCUGACAGCCACCAAGUGCUGCCUGGAUGAAGGGCUGGAGCCCACCUGCUUUGAGCAGAGCCAGGACAUCGGGGGGCUCUGGCGCUACACGGAGCACGUUGAGGGCAGGCGGGCAAGCCUCUACCCGUCGGUCAUCAGCAACACCUCGAAGGAGAUGUCUGCAUUCUCUGACGUUCCCUACCCUGAGGAUUUCCCAGUGUUCCUGCCCAAUGCUCGACUCCUGGAUUAUCUCCGGCGCUAUGCUGAGCACUUCAGGCUCCAAGAGCACAUUAAGUUUGGGAUCACUGUUGUCAGCAUCCGGAAAUGCUCCGACUUUGCCACCACAGGCCAGUGGGAUGUGGUUACAGAGAAGGAUGGGAAACAAACACUGCACAUCUUCGAUGCUGUUAUGGUUUGCAGUGGAAAUUUCUACGAGCCUUCCCUCCCCUUGCACUGCUUUCCUGGCAUUGAGAGAUUCCAAGGCCAGUACUUUCACAGCCGGCAGUACAAGCAUCCUGAUGUGUUCCAGGGGAAGCGUGUCCUCGUGGUUGGCAUGGGCAAUUCCGGAGUGGACAUCGCAGUGGAGGCCAGCCGUGUAGCUACAAAGGUGACCAUUAGCACCAGCCGAGGCGCCUGGGUGCUCAGCCGCGUGUUUGACCACGGCUACCCAUGGGACAUGGUUUUCAACACUCGCCUUAUGAGCUUGGUCAGAAACAGCCUUCCUGGACUCCUUUCAAGGGGGCUGGUCAACUACAAGGUGAACCAGCGGUUCAAUCAUGAAAACUAUGGCCUUCAACCAGAAAAGAGCUGCCUGGUACGGGAGCCUGUGCUGAAUGAUGACCUUCCAAGCUACAUCCUGACAGGGAGGAUCACCAUAAAACCGGGCGUGAAGGAGUUCAAGGACACCUCAGUUGUCUACCAUAAUUGCCCUGAGGAGGAGCCUGUCGAUAUUGUUGUCUUCUGCACAGGCUACAACGUUUCCUUCCCAUUCCUAGAAGAAGAAGUUGUCAAGGUGGAAAACAAGCACGCAUCCCUCUACAAAUACGUGUUCCCAACCCACCUGCAGAGGCCCACCCUGGCCAUCCUUGGGCUGAUCAGACCAUUAGGAGCCAUCAUGCCUGUGACAGAGAUGCAAGCACGCUGGGUGACCCAUGUCUUCAAAGGCUUGUGUCAGUUGCCUCCUCAGUCUGUCAUGGAGAAGGAAGUAAACGAAAAGAAGAAAAACCAAGUGAAAAGGUUCGGUCUGUCCUAUGACGAAGUCCUCAAAACCGACUGCAUAGUCUACACAGACGAGCUCGCCUCCUUCAUUGGUGCCAAGCCCAGUGUUCUGGGGCUCCUCUGCAGAGACCCCCGACUGGCCCUCACAAUUUUCUUUGGUCCCUGCACCCCUUACCAGUACCGGCUGGGGGGUCCUGGGUGCUGGGAGGGGGCACGUCAAGCCAUCCUCACCCAGUGGGACCGUACCCUGAAGCCCACGAGAACAAGAGUCCCUGCUGGUUCCUGCAGCCCCUGGCCUUCUCUCCUGACUGUGGUGGGGUUCCUCCUGCUCUUGGCUGCUCUGUUUUUUGGUUUCCAGUAG